AUGUCGACACUUAUGCCCAACACCAGUAAACGCACCACUCGUGCCUCCACGCAAGACAAAUUGUCCUCUAGGGGACCUGCAGACGAGCUCCUCGACCCAGAGCGGCGCAAAAUCAUUGCCCAGCUCUCCGUCUAUAUCGGACAUCAGACUCUCCCUUCAACAGGAUGGGCUCUCCUUUGGUUUGCAGAUCUGGCCAUCCUGAAGGAGCAUCUCAAAAACUGUGGAGAGUUGCGGAUGGGUCCGCAGCAUGUGGCACAUAACUUUACCCAAAGCAAAUGGCUUGACGAUAUAAUCAUGUUCUGGAAGGGUCGGCCUAGAGUCUCACUUACUACUGAAGAGGGCGCAGAAGAACCAGACAUCGAAGAAAGUCCAAAGAAGCGCCAGCGUACUUCAGAAACCGCGUCCAGGAUUCCCACCCUCGCUGGCAACACCCGUCCUGCAGCAGUAGGUCCUCAAGAAACAACGAAGCAGCCGGCAGGCCGUGGCGAAUCAGCCAACGAACUGAUAAGCAAGUGGAAAGAACAGGUCUUAGGCCCUAGUGGCACGGAGACCUGUUCCAACUUGAUGUGCAUGUCCAACCUCGCCCAUAAACUCUGGAAAACCGCGCGAUUUGCCCUGAAUCCCUUGUCGAUCAGCGAGAAUCAGAAGGUCCUCAAGGUGAAGUUCUACUGGAUGCCGAUAAACAAGUUGUCGGACGCUAUGUCGUCCAGAGAAGUCCCGUGUCCUUUCCCUGAUGGCUGCCUGUCCUCGAUUAAGGUGGAAGGCAAACUCAAUGCAAAGCUAUUCAAUAUUAACACCGAGAAAGCCCUGCGCUCCGGAGACGUCCUUACCUUCAAGACCGACGACCCAGUCGGCAAUCCCCUCCCAUCGAUAGAGCUGCUCAAUAUGCAAUGGGCUCUCCAUCGAGUUCUUGCUCUUAGUGGUGCCGCCGAUGCAACCGAUGAAGAACUUGACCCCCCCAACCCCGAUUGGCUACAGGCCGAGGCCACCGACGAGGACGUUGAGGAAUAA